AUGUUGGGGUCCAGUUCAGGUUCCAAGGCCAUUAUGUCUUGUGACACUUGUGGGGCAGGGCAUGCAACAUCACAAUGCCCUAUUUUUGUUACCCCAUCGCCUCCUGUGGAAACAGUUGAUUAUGUUGGGGGUGGACCAAGGGGAUCAGGGAAUCAAUUUGGUAACACUUACAAUUAUGGAUGGAGGGGCUCUUCAAAUCCUUCUUGGACUCAAGGCCAAUCUCAGUACAGACCCCCACUAUCUCAAGGAAGACAAUACCAAGCCCCACUUCCACAAGAGAAGAAAUACUCCACGGAGGAUGUUUUGGCCAGAUUCAUGAUUAGCACGGAGUUAGAAGCAAGGGAAAGAGGGAUCCCAAGUGCUUCCAGUGAUGGGGUAGCUGUCCGGGAAGACCCUAAUUUGAGUGACGAUGCAAGCAAGGAGAAUGGGAGGAAAACUGUUGAAGACUGCCCCAAUUCUAACAUUUCAAAGGGGCAUGAAUACAAGCCAGUAGUAUCGUACCCCUCAAGACUCAAACAAGAUAAAGAUGAAGCUCAAUUCAAGAAGUUCCUCAAUAUCUUCAAGGAACUCCACAUAAAUAUUCCAAUCAUUGAAGCACUAGCUCAAAUGCCGAAGUAUGCCAAGUUUUUAAAGGAGCUUCUCACCAAUAAGAGAAAGUUAGAGGAACAAGGCACAGUUGUACUUACUGGGAACUGCUCGGCCAUUCUAGAGAAAAAGAUGCCACAAAAAGUAAAGGAUUCGGGUAGUUUUGUAAUUCCUUGUGUAUUUGGUGAAGGGAUGACGGAGCAUCCUCUAGCCGAUUCUGGGGCUAGCAUAAACGUAAUGCCAUACAACUUGUUCUUGAAGCUGGGAUUAGAAGACCUAAGACCUACACAAAUGACAUUAUAG